CUGUCUGGGCCGGAGUCGAGAUGCAGCCGCCACCCCGAAAAGUGAAGCCGGCCCAGGAGGUGAAGCUUCGCUUCCUGGAGCAGCUAAACAUCCUUCAGACUCGGCAGCAGAGGGAGGCGGAUCUACUGGAGGACAUCAGGUCCUACAGCAAGCAGAGGGCAGCCAUUGAACGGGAGUACGGGCAGGCACUCCAAAAGCUGGCCGGGCCAUUCCUGAAGAGGGAUGGGCAGCGGAGUGGGGAGCUGGACAGCAGGACAGUGUUUGGUGCCUGGCGCUGUCUGCUGGAUGCCACCGUGGCUGGGGGCCAAGCCCGGCUGCAGGCAUCUGACCGAUACCGUGACCUGGCAGGGGGCACAGGGAGGAGUGCCAAGGAGCAGGUGCUCAGGAAGGGAGCAGAGAACCUCCAGAGAGCACAGGCUGAGGUGCUGCAGUCUGUCCGGGAGCUGAGCCGAAGUCGGAAGCUUUAUGGGCAGCGGGAACGUGUGUGGGCUUUGGCCCAGGAGAAGGCAGCCGAUGUCCAGGCCAGGCUGAACCGCAAUGACCACGGGAUCUUCCACACCCGGACUAGUCUCCAGAAACUCAGCAGCAAGCUGGCUGCCCAGUCUGCCCAUUACUCCCAUCAGCUAAGAGCAGCCCGCAAUGAUUACCUGCUCAACUUGGUGGCCACCAACGCUCACCUUGACCACUACUACCAGGAAGAACUGCCCACCGUGCUCAAGGCCCUGGUCAGAGAGCUGUUGGAACACUUGAGGGACCCCCUGACCUUACUGAGCCACACUGAGCUGGAAGCUGCAGAGCUAGUCCUGGAACAGGCCCGCCAAGGUGGGCAGACCACCUCCCAGGUAAGCUGGGAGCAGGACCUGCAGCUCUUCCUUCAGGAGCCUGGCAUAUUUUCGCCCACCCCACCUCAGCAGUUCCAGCCAGCAGGGACUGACCUGGUGUGUAUUCUGGAGCUGGAAGGGGGAGCAGGAGACGUGGCUGGGGUGAGGGGCCUGGAGAAAGAGAUCCAGCGCUGGACCAGCCGAGCUGCCCGAGACUACAAGAUCCAGAACCACGGGAACUGGGUGCUGCAGCGGUUGGAGCAGAGGCGGCAGCAGGCCCCAGAGCGGGAGGCUCCGGGCAUAGAGCAGCGGCUGCAGGAAGUGAGGGAGAGCAUCCGGAGAGCCCAGGUGAGUCAGGUGAAGGGGGCUGCCCGGCUGGCGCUGCUGCAGGGGGCUGGCUUGGAUGUGCAGUGCUGGCUGCAGCCAGCCAUGACGCAGGCCCAAGCUGCGGUGGAGCAGGAACGACGGCUCAGUGAGGCCCGGCUGUCCCAGAAGGACCUCUCCCCGACGGCUGAAGAUACGGAGCUCUCGGACUUUGAGGAAUGUGAGGAGGCGGGCGAGCUCUUUGAGGAGCCUGUCCCCCCAGCCAUGACCACCAGACCCCUCCCCUACUCUGCACAUGUGGUGUUUGGCUAUCAGGCUGGGCAUGAGGAUGAGCUAACCAUUAAGGAAGGCGAGUGGCUGGAGGUCAUAGAGGAAGGAGAUGUGGAUGAAUGGGUCAAGGCUCGGAACCAACAUGGCGAGGUAGGCUUCGUCCCGGAGCGGUAUCUCAACUUCCCGAACCUCUCCCUGUCUGAGAGGGGCCAGGACAGCAACAAUCUGUCUGGAGCAGAGCCCACAGCCUUCCUGGCCCGGGCCCUGUACACGUACACAGCACAGAGCACAGAGGAGCUGAGUUUCCCUGAAGGGGCGCUCAUUCGAUUGCUGCCCCGGGCCCAGGACGGAGUGGAUGAUGGCUUCUGGAGGGGAGAAUUUGGGGGCCAUGUCGGGGUCUUCCCCUCCCUGCUGGUGGAGGAGAUGCUUGGCCCCCCAGGACUCCCUGAGCCCUCAGACCCAGAAGAGAUGCUGCCAUCCCCUUCUCCGCCGAGCUUCUCCCCUCCUGCACCCACCUCUGUCGUGGAUGGGCCCCCUGCACCCAUCCUGCCUGGCGACCAACUCCCCAACUGCCCUGGGCCCCUGGACCAGAUGGUGCCUCGAAUAAGGCCGGUGCGUCCACCCCCACCUCCGCCAGCUAAGGCCCCGGAUCCUGACCACCCAGAACCCCUCACCUGAGAGCAUGGGGGCUCAUAGCCCCUCAGUGAUGCUGCUACCCCAGCCCCAUGCUGUCAGAUACUGCUCUCUCACUGAUCCUGCACACCACAGCCAAAAGCUGGACUCUCCCCCAUUCCCCGGGCCGGACCCCACUCCUUUCCUCCAUUCCCCUCCUACAAUCUGUCAGGGGUGGGGGUGGGGGUGGGGGGCUACUCCUUUCUUUUCUACCACCACCCAGUCUCUAGGGCGGCAACUCCAUCUACCCUGGCCCUGAUUGCUCUGGGGCUGGAACCCAUCCCCUGUGAAGUUUGGACUGGUUCUGCCCAUUUCUAUCUCCAACCUGGCUCUGGGCCCCACCCUACCCUGGAGGCCAGUGCCCCUGAGGCUGGGGGUGGGUGGGAGGGCAAGCGCAGAGAGAGGCCUUGGGAAUCAGGAACUGGAGCCAGUAUGCAAAAGCACAUGUAAUGGUCUGAGCAGAUUUAUUGACAGUGAAUAAGGGCAGGAAGUCCAAGCCAAGGCCUGGACCUCUUGUGCCACGAGAGCAGGCAGCCUACGGUGCUAUUGCUUUAGGGGUCCGCCAAAGGCAGGGGCCUGCUCCCAGCUGCCUCGCUCAAGCAUGUGGAGUGUGGAACUUGGGGAGCCAGGCAGGUGGCCUGUUGACAGGCAAGGGAAGGGAAAGAGACUGAGGAGUAGGUUGGGGGGGCACUUCUCCCGAGGUUCCCCAGCUUGAGACCAUGCAACUCCAGGUGGAUGUAAGGCUGGUCCCUCAGCCAGGGCAGUGCUGUCCAGUGGAAGGGAGGGGCUUUAUGCCCACCCACCCCUGGCUCCGUCAGUUGGUAGUUCAUUCAGCAGCAGCAAAGAAUGAGGCUUGAAAGAGGGAAGGUAAUACCAUUGCUUCCUAUUUGAGUUCUGCCACAACUUUUUCUUGGUGGCCAAGGGCCCCUUCACUUCCAUGUUCCAGAAUCUGCUCCCUGGAGCACAUGCUCACUCCCCUGGGGCCAAACCAAGGAAUUUGUAGCAAAGGAUAAAAUCUAGUUAUCCCUGGGGGGCCCAGGGGGCUGACAGGCUUGAGCAGGGGGUAGGAAGACGAGAUGCCCUGUCUCAGGCUCCAGGCAGACUCACCUCACACACCUCCUGUUCCCCGCGGUGGGGACACCUGAGGAAAAAGAGAGGGGUCAACAUAUGAUAAUAGGAAGUCCCCAGAGUAGGGGACAAUAAGCUCAGCCACCACCGUCCUGCUGCAGCCCUGACCUUGUCUUCAUACCUGGUCGUCUGAGGUGUCCACUUUGGUUGGCUGUCCAUUUGCCUCUUGACUGGGCAGCCCUGGGCUUGGGCCCCUGCUUCCAGCCACUAGCCCUGGCUCUGCAGAGACUCCAGGGUUCCCCUCAAGUGCACACGGGACUCCGCCACGGUCCCGGAGACCUCCAUUCUGCACUGGGGGGUUGGCUAGGGGCUGAGGCUGGGGUGGCCUCUCGGGGGGCAGUCUCUCUGUGGCAGGUACCCCUGCCCUGGGCUGCCCUCCCCCAGACUCUUGACUGCCCCCUGGAUCCUGCCCCCCACCAGAGCCCCAGCUUCUGUCUGUGGGGGAGCCAUCAUGGUGCUCAUGAAACCCAUGGCGUUUCUCAAUGUGUGUCACCCGGAACCUGGAGGAAAGGGAACAUGGAGGCUUACGACCCAGCUCAGGCUGCAUGUCCUCCCCUCCAAUCAGCGAUACCCCGAUGUGGUGGCCAUUUCCCUCUGGCCUGGGCAGGGAAGGCCUUUUUGACUUCAGGGGGAGGGGACACUGCAGCCAGACCCCUGCUGCAGCUCCCAGUCCGGGAGGAAAGAGCCAGGUCCAUUGGGGGUCCUGCAGGAGUUCCCACUGGGCCCCUGCCUCUACCCCCUUUGCCCUAGAGCGCUCUGUCCUCACCUGCCCACAGAGAACACGGUGGUCUCCCCAGGCCGGGGGCGGCUCUUUCCUUCCUUGGACCGGCCCUGACGGACAAGUGGGGGCCUCUUGUUGCGGGUGCAAUGGAUGCAAGGGGCUGCGGAGCCCAGGUGCACUGUGUGGUGGUGGGAGGGGGCACCGUCCUGCAGGCUGGCCGUGGCAUCCACACUGGACAGGGAGAGGAAGAGUGACAGUCUCAUCUCCCUCCCUGUUGUUUCCUGCUUGCAGCAUGCUCCUUAAACCACCCCACUUUCCCAAGACCCCAACAUUCUUCUCUCUAAUAAACUCCAUAUCAAACUGUUAGAACAUGUGGAUGAAGUGCCAAUAAAACCGUUAAAAAGA